UGGCUGCGUCUAACUAUUCCUUGAAGGUCAAGAGAGACCUGUUGGACCCCGGCUUUGAAAGUUACAGGUUGUCUCUGGACGCCAUACCAACCUACAACGUAGAGCUGGAUGCUGCGACACUGAAGCUGCUCUUCCUGUAACCCAGCGGUUCCAAGGGAGGUUUACGGUCCUCCACUUGUACCUGUAGGGGUCCCUAAGAAAUUGACGACAACGUCGAUUAAUCGCUGUGGAGGAAGUUAAGCUGAAGGAUACCCAGUAUACCCUGGAACAUAUGCGUGCUUUUGGCAUGUACAAUUACCUGCACUUAGACCCUUGGUAUGAAGACAGUGUUCUGUUUGUGGACUGCAAAGGGCGGGUUCUCAGUCUCACCGUCACUCUGGACACCGCCCUUGGGAAGCCAAGAGAGGUCUACUGUAUAACCGCCGACUCCAGCCAGUGUGAGGAUCGUCUCUGCGCCUCCCUCAGCCUCACCUCCGCGACCUGGGCUGCGCUCUCUGACGGCACCGGCCGACUGUACCUCCUCCGCACCGGCAAGAGAGGAGACAGCUCCCAUAUGAAGUGGGAACCCCUGUUCAGCGAAGACAUGGGGGAGCCUUUCACCAUCCUCCACAGCAUCUCACAUGUCCAGGCGGGAGUCCACACCUUUGAGGUUCUGCUGCUCCGCAUCGAGAAAGACCCGCAGGAAACCAAAGGAAGUGGAUACUCUGUGUCUCUCGAGUGGAUCACAGUCGUCAGCACUGCAGGACAGGGUCAGGAGAAGAAGUACGAGGUGAAGAAGAGGAGAGUCCUCAGGGGGAAGUCGGUGCCUCACUACGCAGCAGUGGAGCCGCAGGGGAAGGGACUGAUGGUGGCCUCGGAGAAACCGUUUGUCUUCACCAAUGUGGACGGUCGUCCUGUGGAACAGCCUGAACCAGAGCCCAUGGAGGUGGAGAGGACAGAUCCCAUUUACUUCUGGCAGCAGACAGUGGAGGACAUCACGGUGUGUGUGCGCAUGCCCGAAGGUGUCACCAAAGAGGAGGUGCAGUUCAGGCUCUCAACAGACAACAUCAGCAUUGGAGUUCAGGGUUUCCCUCCUUUACUGGAAGGUCAGCUGUAUGCAUCCGUGGACCCCGAGGCCAGCGCCUGGAUCAUCAAAAAUGACAAAAGCCUGGAUGUGACCCUGCAGAAACGCAGCGAGGGACCCAUGUGGCCAGAGCUGGUGAUGGGUGACAGAAGAGGGGAGUAUGUGAUGAACGACGAGCAGGCCGCCCUCAUCCAUGAAAGACUGACCCACCUCACCUCUGAAGACAUGAACGGAAACCCUGACAGGGACAAGCCCCCUUGUAACUCUCAGGAGCUUGAGGACUGUGAUGGUUUCCCAGAAGAUAGCUCCAGCCUCACACACUUUGACGGAGAAUCGCUCAAGCCCACUCAGGUGGUGAAUCUAGGCGGCCAUCAGUACCUGUUCACGGUUGACGGGAACCCUUCUGAAAUGCCGUGUCUCUGCCUCCGACACGAUGUGGACGCUCUGGUGUGGCAGCCACGUCCUGACCAACCCAGUAACAUGUGGGAGCACGUCGCCACGUUCAAUGCCUUGGGCUACGUCCAGGCAUCCAAACGGGAUAAAAAGUUUGCGACCUGCGCCCCGAACUUUUCCUAUGCUUCGCUGUGCGAGUGUCUCCGCCGCGCAUUCAUCUACCGACAGCCGUCGCCGGUGGAGACCGUCCUCUUCAACAGGAAGCAGGGCCGGCAGGUAGGACAGGUUGCCAAGCAACAGGUGGCCAGUCUGGACUCCGACAAACCGAUCCUGGGCUUCAGAGCAACCAAUGAGAGACUGUACAUCCUGACCUCCAGUAACCUCUUUGUUCUAAAGGUCAAUAAUAAUUAGAUUUGGGACUUUUAGAUUUUCUCCUCAUGUUUCACUUUUCAAGCCUUCUGUGUGUCGGAAAAUGUCUAUGAGAUCUACAGGUAAGGAAACAUGUUCUGAAGGACAAAUUAUAAACAUUCACGAGCUGAAUUUUUUGUAAAUUCGUCGAGAAAAUGAAUAUCAGUGAUUAAAUGAUAAUCAACGCACUGUUUUCUCAUGAAUCCCAUUUAAUGAUACUGGAUAUUUCCUAAAUAUACAUUUAGUACAUGCUGUGCCCUAUUAAUGCUCACUGCAUUACUACAUACAUACGUACAUUUUUUUGUGGUGGUGGUGAAGGUUCAAAUGGAAGCGCUACACUUCUCAUACAAGCCAGGGGGGUAUUUCUGAAUACUGCAGAUGGCAUCUGAUCCAUUUUUCCCCGAAGCUAUUAAAGAGUGCAUU